GCCCAGCAAAAACAGGAAGUAGGACCAAAACAAAGGGGCAGCAAGGCCGGGCAGACCUCCAGUCUUCCUUCCUUCAACACUCGUCUCCGCCCUCACCGCCCGCCCCGAGGAGCCAUUCAACUAUGUCUAAUAUGGAGAAACACCUGUUCAACUUAAAGUUUGCAGCCAAAGAACUGAGCAGAAGUGCCAAAAAAUGCGACAAGGAGGAAAAGGCCGAAAAGGCCAAAAUUAAAAAGGCCAUUCAGAAGGGCAACAUGGAAGUUGCAAGGAUACAUGCUGAAAACGCCAUUCGCCAGAAGAACCAAGCGGUGAAUUUCUUGAGAAUGAGUGCGCGGGUCGAUGCCGUGGCUGCCAGAGUCCAAACGGCGGUGACGAUGGGCAAGGUGACCAAGUCAAUGGCUGGAGUGGUUAAGUCGAUGGAUGCGACGUUGAAAACCAUGAAUCUGGAGAAGAUCUCUGCCUUGAUGGACAAAUUCGAGCACCAGUUUGAGACGCUGGACGUCCAGACGCAGCAAAUGGAAGACACGAUGAGCAGCACCACGACGCUAACCACUCCCCAAAACCAAGUGGAUAUGCUGCUCCAGGAAAUGGCAGACGAAGCCGGCCUGGACCUCAACAUGGAGCUGCCGCAGGGGCAGACCGGUUCCGUGGGCACAAGUGUGGCCUCCGCGGAACAGGAUGAACUAUCACAGAGACUGGCCCGCCUGCGAGACCAAGUGUGACAACAGAACUCACUCUGAGGUUUCAUGCCUGUAGCUACUUUUUGAAAUGUUCUGUGUAUAUUAGAGAGAUACUAUACACUAAAAACUUUGAAUAUGCCAGAAUGCUGAAAUGCUCUUAAGAUGCUUCUACCUUUGGGUUUACAGUGUUCUUAGAUACGUUAAGGAAUUCUAAGCUUUCCCCACCCUUAACUGGAUUUUAAAGUUCUGUAUAGCCUAUGAUGUGUAUUUUUAUAGCUACAUUUUAACAAGAUUAGUUAAUCUGGUGUAUAUGAUUCUGUCUCAAAAAUUAGAUCACAUCUCUAGUUCCCGUGUAUACAGUUUUCUGCCCGAAUUGUCAAAAUUGAAGGGUGUUUUUAAUUUAGUGAAAUUGAAAGUAUACAAAAUUGGCAUAUGGUGCAUAAAAAUUAAAGAGGAGAAUGAUUGCUUUGAUUACAGAGCUAUCAAUACCUCAUUCAACUUACGGACUGUGCUAUUUCUGUGUAUCGUUUAUUUUUUGCCAUCAAAACGGGACUACAGUUGACUAUUAAUCUGUUUUCAUAACAUUAAAAUUACUUUAGGACAGUCUUGUGUAAUACCCUCUUAUUGUUUACAUUGGGUAAAUUUUUUGUAUGGUAGUUGUCUUUUAUAACAAAAAAAAUAUGCCAUGUAACUUCCAUUAUAAGGAAAAAGUGUUUGAUUGCUUUUUUAUUUGUUAAAGAGUUUUUUAAAAGAUUUACAGGGUUUAACAUAUGGCAUUUCUUUCAAAUGAACUUCUCUAACAUUUCUAGCUAUUUUCCUAUUUCAGCACUUUAAUUAGACUUCUUACAAAAAUAUGUUGAUUACCAUGUCAGUCACAUAACUCACUCUAACAUUGCCAAAGAACUGUUGGUUGGAUUGAGGAAAUCCUGGGACUGUGUGUUUGUAGGUUUUCUUUUGAUUUUAACAACCAAAAAUAGAAAUAAAAUUAGAAUAGCAUUUAA